GCUGAGGCAGCAGCAUAUGAAAACUUGAGGCCAUCUGCAAAUAAAGAUGUGCAGCAGGCAGCAGUUGAGGCAUUGAUUCAUCGGAUCUUGGGCCAUCGCAGUCAGGAGGUACAAGUGGUGAUUGACCCUUCUUUGGGUCCAUCGAGGACAGAUACAUUCAAGUUGGAGAAAAGCAGUGAGGAGGAAAAGCUGAAAGUGACUGGAAGUUCAGGGGUUGCAGCUGCAUUUGGUUUCAACCAUUAUCUCAAAUAUUUCUGCAAUGUCCAUAUAUCCUGGGAAGUGGAGCAACUUCAGGUUCCUGAGAAACUACCUCCAGUACAGCUCAAAGUCUCUGCUCAAGACAAGUUCAGAUAUUUCUCAAAUGUUUGCACAUGGAGCUACUCAUAUGUUUGGUGGGGAUGGGAAGAGUGGCAGAAGCAUAUCGACUGGAUGGCCUUGAAUGGAAUCAACUUUCCACUGGCAUUCAAUGGACAAGAGACAAUUUGGAGGAAGAUUUAUCUCUCUCUUGGCUUAACUCAAAAAGAAUUGGAUUCAUUCUUCACAGGCCCAGCAUUCCUUGCAUGGGGAAGGAUGGGUAAUCUCCAAGGAUGGGGAGGACCUUUACCAAGAAAGUGGUAUGAACAACAGCUUCACCUGAACCAACAAAUUGUAGCUGCAAUGAGGGAUUUGGGGAUGAUACCAAUUCUGCCAGCCUUUGCAGGUCACAUACCUCAUGCCUUGACAAGAUCCUUCUUGAGUAUCCUCCACGCUGAUGUUUUGGAUAUCCCGAGCUCAAGCCCGAUUCUCUCAGACCCGGCAUUCCGGUUGGCCUCUGUGAGGGUGUUCCCAGAUGCCAAAGUCCACCAAUUAGGCCCAUGGGCAGGUUUUAUCAAGGACAAGGCCUGCCAGCCACCACUGGCAUCAAAUGUGCUAGAACUGAAGGAAAGGAUCACUUCGGCGACUACUAGAGUUACACUGGACAUACAGCAACAUCAAAGGGAGACUUACAAUGGAACAGAUCAUGCCUACAACUGUGACCCAUUCAAUGAGAUGCAACCCUCUUCAGAUUCAGAUACGUAUCUGAAAUCAGUGGGGAAAAGCAUCUUUCUAUCAAUGACUCUGGCUGAUUCAUCUGCAAUCUGGGUAUUGCAAGGCUGGCUUUUCAAUGAUGAGUCCUACUGGACAAAAGGACGAGCUCAUUCUCUUCUCACUUCUGUCCCUCUUGGCCACCUAAUUGUGUUGGAUCUGCAAGCAGAGGUGACACCACAAUAUGAGAGAUUGGAUGGCUUUUUUGGCCAACCAUACAUAUGGUGUAUGCUUCAUGAUUUUGGUGGAGUCUUGGGCAUGCAUGGUGAUCUCAAAAGUGUCAAUUUGGGUGUGGUGAAAAGCCGACAGUAUGGAGCAGAGAUGAUAGGGACUGGGAUGACAAUGGAAGGCAUAAAUCAGAAUUAUGUAGUGUAUGAUUUCAUGAGUGAAACAUCCUGGAGGGAUUCUCAUGUGGACAUAUAUGAUUGGGCUCAAGGAUAUGCACUCCGCAGGUAUGGAACAUCUGACAAGAACCUGGCUCAAGCAUGGAGAAUCCUGAUGGGAAUCCACAACUUGACAAUGUGGGGUGAAGUCUGGUCUUUGUUCAUUAAAUCUGAAGGCCCAGUGACUUCAUUGGAAACAUUCAAGUAUGAUUUGGUUGACAUCACGCGACAAACCCUGCAGGUUUUGUGCGACUUUUAUUUCGUCCUGUCAAUGUCUGCCUUCGCCUAUGAGGAUAAGCAUCUCUUCAGGGUUUUUUCAAAAACUUUUCUGGAGAUCAUGGCAGACGAGGAAAAGAUAUUGUCAACAGAGAAGCACUUCUUGUUGGGACUGUGGUUAGCAUCAGCAAAAAAGUUUGCCACAACUCAGCAGGAGGAAGCUUUGUAUGAGUUGAACGCCCGAAACCAGAUCACAUUGUGGGGUCCAACUGGAGAAAUCAGGGACUAUGCAGCAAAGCAGUGGUCUGGAAUUGUGAGGGAUUAUUUUGCUCCUCGCUACAAGAUGUUCUUCACAGAGCUGAGGGAAUCCCUGGAAAGUGGAAAGAAGUUCCAGCAGAAGCUUUUUGAUGAACAGGUUUUCCUCCAAGUGGAGCAACCCUUCACCCUUCAGCAUCAAUCAUUCCCAAUCAAUCCCCAAGGGGAUGCUUUGGAGAGAGCACAAGAGAUCUUCAGCAAAUGGAAGGAUCACUUGAAUUCAACUCAACUCCCAGAGAAUCCUUUCUCAACUUCAAAAGAUCCUCCUUCUGAUGUCUUUUCCAGGCUUCGACGC